CGGACGAUGGCUGCUGGACACUUGGUCAUUGUUCCAGGACACGGGAUAUGGAGGGGCACAAACAAAGGAGAAGCCUCCGAGGAUUGGCUUUUGGAACCGUUCCAAGUGGAAGGCCAUGAUCACCUGUACUUCAUCAAGCAUAUAGAAACUGCGCUGCGGUUAGCAGACGACGAUUCUGAAGCAAUUGUGAUGUUUUCUGGCGGACAGACCAAGAGACAGGCUGGGUGUAUGUCAGAGGCACAGAGCUACUAUCUGCUGGCCAGAGAGCUGGUCAAUGAGUUGGAGUUGAGAAAUUUGGACGAAUCCUUGGAGAGAUGCCAUACAGAAGAGUAUGCACGGGACAGCUUUGAGAACGUGCUGUUUAGCAUCGCAAGAUUUAAGGAGAUUACUGGAUCGUACCCUGAGAGAAUCACUAUACCAGGGUUUGAGUUUAAGAGAGAAAGGUUCAUGAAUCAUCAUUUCAAAGCGUUACAAUUUGACCUCAACAACGUUACGUAUAUAGGGUUAGGGCCUAAGCCUGAUUACGACGAGCAGAGUACGCAAUGGCUCAAAUACUUUGACGAUUUGAAGAAGGCAGAGUAUAAGAACGCCGUAAGCCAGUUCACCAAGGACCCUCUGGGGAAUGGCCCUGUUCUUGGAAGUAAAAAGAAGAACAGAAACCCGUUCAAUAGACAACAUGGUUAUCUAAUCUCUUGUCCAGAGUUGCAACCUUUGUUUGGAGAUUCAGAGGGACUGGAUGCUUAUACCCCACCAUGGACAAAGUGAUUAUGAUCAUUAGAGCGAGAAUGAUAUAUAAUAGUAAAGCUUGUAUUAGACACAUAACUCUCCUAACAUAGCACUGUUUCACUUAGACGUUGGUGGCUUCUUGGAUACAGCCUUCUUCAGGGUAUUCUUCAGCCCACGGCCUGGCUUGGAUGGUGGUUUUGAUGAUGAUGUAGAGGAUGAUGAUUUUGAAGACGAAUUAGAAAUGAUAGACGGUGAUCUCUUUAAGGAACUCAAUGAAGGCUUUGGCGAUGGCUUAGAAGGCCUUGGACUUCCUCCAGAAGUAGUAGUUGUAUUUGAGGCUUUGGCAAAGGCUUUG